GCCUCUUCGUUCCGCGUCGCCCCCGGAGACGCUGACGCUAAAUAUAUCCGCGUGGGCGCCUCCCGAAGGCACCUGCGUCGAAACAGGUUCCUCCUGGUACAUCGCAAGUGGUCGUCGCCGGGAGAGAGGGGAUUGCAGGAGGUUGCUGAAGAUGGGGACCUAGACCUGCUUGGCAUACCUCCCUCUCCCCCCUCCCGGCACUCUUCGUCCAGCCACACACCUCCCCCUGGUGGGUCCGCGGCUGUAUAAAUACUCCCGCCUGUCGCCCGACAGACGCACUCGACUCCUGCACGCUAUACCUCGAGGAUUACCGCGCGCUCUCUUCCCCCGACAACAUGCAGGUGGUGCUGACGUGUCUGAUGCUGGUGGCGGCGGCGCUGGCCCUGCCGCAGCAGAGACCAUUGGAGCCCAUCGCCAUCGUCCGACAGGCGUCCGACAUCAGCCCCGAGGGUGCCUACCAGUGGGGGUACGAGACGGCCAACGGCAUCAAGGCCGAGGAGGUGGGGUCGCUGGCCCCCGCCGACAACCCGGAGGACGGCAACGUGGUGUUCGCCGAGGGCAGCUACAGCUACACGGGCGACGACGGGGUGGUCUACACCGUCACCUACAAGGCGGACAAGAACGGCUACCAGGCGAGCGGCGCGCACAUCCCCAAGAAGUGAGCGCACCUCCUGCCCACCGCUGCCGCCCUGAUACCAGCAGAAGUGAGCCGACCUCUUCUUGGACGGCGAAGACGGCCCCUCCCCGAUACCCCUCCCCCCCUCUACAGUCCUGACCCGUCCUGACGAGACCCGUGCCGACAAAGUGUUUAUAUUACGUGUACAUACUUUUUAUACCAUGUAAAACAAAUAAAAUUUUAUUAGUCAUUUCAA